AGCAGCAUCCAGCAGCAUCUCUUGUUGCAAGGGAGCCAGGCAGGGAAGGGGGGGGCAGAGAGAAGAGGAGGAGGAGGAGGAGGGUCCACCACCUUUCUAUUGUCUCCUGCCUUUCUCUGCAGCAGCUGGACGUACGAGGCCCCCCCCGGAGCAGCUCCGCCCUCCUGUGACGCGACGCCGGAGCCGGGCUGAGCACGCCCUGUGGGCGCGGCUGGCUCUGCACCCCACCGGAGGAGGAUGCUGUAACUUGCUGGAGCUGGACCUGGAGCCUGUGAUUGGUGGAGGCUGGGUGGGGGGAGGGGGUUGAGUUGGUGGGGGCCUGAAUUUGUUCUCUCUGACUUCUGGAUAUUUGGAUUCUGGCAUCCCAUUGCCCCUUGUCACUGAGUGGUAGUGAAAGGCCACCACCCUCCCUCUGAGCGGAGCCCCCCACUCAUCUCCACCUGCUUCCCGGCCUGCAAGGAAGGCAACGCACCACAACCCCGCCUGCCCCUCCCUCCCCCCAUCCAGCCGCCUGCCCCCCCCAUGAGGAUCUGAGGCUGUGGCAGUGGGGGGGCGGCGCCCAGCAUUUGCCUUGAGGGGGGGGCAGGGACAGAUGAGACUGGGCGCCAUGGCCAGACUGCUGCCCUUGGCACUGCUCAUGGGUGCCCUGCUGGGCCCCGGGGCAGGCGGGGCGGCGCUGGAGUUCGGUGGCGCCACGGGGCAGUGGGCCCGCUAUGCCCGCUGGGACGCCAGCUCCUUGGGGGAGCUGAGCUUUAGCCUGAAGACAAACGUCUCGCGGGCGCUGGUGCUUUACCUGGACGACGGGGGGAACUGCGACUUCCUGGAGCUCAUGAUCGCUGACGGGCGCCUGCGCCUGCGUUUCACCAUCUCCUGUGCCGAGCCUGCCAAGCUGCACCUGGAGACGCCCGUGGAUGACGACCGCUGGCACAUGGUGCUCCUGACCCGCAACUACCGGGAGACCAUGCUGGUGGUGGACGGUGAGGCCAAGGUGGCCGAGGUCAAGUCCAAGCGGCGGGACAUGGCGGUGGAGAGCGACCUCUUUGUGGGGGGGAUCCCGCCCGACGUGCGCCUCUCGGCGCUUACCCUGAGCACCGUCAAGUACGAGGUGCCCUUCAAGGGGCUGGUGGCCAACCUCAAGGUGGGCGACACGCCGCCAGCCCUGCUGGGCAGCCAGGGCAUCCGCAGCGACACGGAGUACCUGUGCACCAAGCAGAAUCCCUGUGCCCACGGGGGGCUCUGCAGCGUGCUGAAUGGCGAGGUGCAGUGCGACUGCAGUAUGACCGGCUUCCAGGGCAAGUUCUGCAGCGAAGAAGAGCACACGAUGGAAGGUCCUGCUCAUCUGACGUUAAACAGCCAAGUAGGGUCCAUUCUGUACUCGGAAGGGGGGGAAGGGAGAGGAGCCAGUGAGGUGCAGCACACAUCGAAAGGGAAGGAGGAAUACGUGGCGACCUUCAAGGGCAACGAGUUCUUCUGCUACGACCUGUCCCACAACCCGAUCCAGAGCAGCACUGAUGAGAUCACCCUGUCCUUCCGCACCCUGCAGCGCAAUGGCCUCAUGCUGCACACGGGGAAGUCGGCCGACUACGUCAACCUGUCGCUCAAGAGCGGGGCCGUGUGGCUAGUCAUCAACCUGGGGUCAGGCGCCUUCGAGGCGCUGGUGGAGCCCGUCAAUGGCAAGUUCAAUGACAACAACUGGCAUGACAUCCGGGUGACCCGGAACCUGCGCCAGCACGCAGGAAUUGGACACGCUAUGGUGACCAUUUCCGUGGAUGGCAUCCUGACAACGACGGGCUACACACAGGAGGAUUAUACCAUGCUGGGCUCAGAUGACUUUUUCUACAUUGGGGGCAGCCCCAACACAGCUGACCUGCCGGGGUCCCCAGUCAGCAAUAACUUCAUGGGGUGUCUCAAGGAUGUCGUGUACAAGAACAAUGACUUCAAGCUGGAGCUGUCACGCCUGGCAAAGGAGGGCGACCCCAAGAUGAAGAUCAAUGGGGACUUGGUGUUCCGCUGUGAGAAUGUGGCAGCGUUGGACCCAGUCACCUUUGAGUCGCCCGAGGCCUACAUCUCCCUGCCCAAGUGGAACACCAAGAAGACUGGCUCCAUCUCCUUUGACUUCCGUACCACUGAGCCCAAUGGGCUGCUGCUCUUCAGCCAUGGGCGCCUGCAGCCCCCGCGUGAGGGCCGUGCUGAGCGUCCACACAAGGCUGACUACUUUGCCAUGGAGCUGCUGGACGGCCACCUUUAUCUGCUGCUGGACAUGGGUUCUGGCGGCAUCAAGAUGCGGGCCAGCAACAAGAAGGUCAAUGACGGCGAGUGGUGCCACGUGGACUUCCAGCGUGAUGGGCGUAAAGGCUCCAUCUCAGUGAAUAGCCGCAGCAUACCGUUCCUGGCCAGUGGGGAGAGUGAGAUCCUGGACCUGGACAGUGAGAUGUACCUGGGGGGCCUUCCCGAGAAUCGGCUGGACUUGAUCCUACCCCCUGAGGUGUGGACUGCCUUCCUCAACUACGGCUAUGUGGGCUGCGUGCGGGACCUGUUCAUCGAUGGCAAGAGCCGGGACGUGCGGCGCCUGGCCGAGGUGCAAAGCGUGCCCGGCGUCUCCAGCUUCUGCUCCCGGGAGACCCUCAAGCAGUGCAGCAGUGCACCCUGCCGCAAUGGGGGGGUCUGCCGUGAGGGCUGGAACCGCUUCGUCUGUGACUGCCUUGGCACUGGCUACCUGGGCAGAGUGUGCGAGAGAGAGGCCACAGUGCUGAGUUAUGAUGGCAGCAUGUACAUGAAGAUCAUGCUGCCGGGGGUGAUGCACACGGAGGCCGAGGAUGUGUCCCUGCGGUUCAUGUCCCAGCGUGCCUAUGGCUUCAUGCUGGCCACCACCUCCAAGGAGUCAGCCGACACCCUGCGCCUCGAGCUUGACGGCGGGCAGAUGAAGCUUACCGUCAACCUAGACUGUGUCAGGAUAGGCUGUAACCCCAGUAAAGGCCCCGAGACCCUCUUCGCUGGCCACAAACUCAACGACAAUGAGUGGCACACAGUGCGGGUUGUGCGGCGCGGGAAGAGCCUGCAGCUCUCGGUGGAUAACGUCACCGUGGAAGCAGGGCAGAUGGCCGGCGCGCACACCCGCCUGGAGUUCCACAACAUCGAGACUGGCAUCAUGACGGAGCGCCGCUUCAUCUCCGUGGUGCCCUCCAACUUCAUCGGGCACCUGAGCAGCCUGGUGUUCAAUGGGCUGCCCUACAUGGACCUGUGCAAGAAUGGCGACAUCAGCUACUGCGAGCUCAAUGCCCGCUUCGGCCUGCGCAGCAUCAUUGCCGACCCCGUCACCUUCAAGAGCCGCGCCAGCUACCUGGCGCUGGCCACGCUGCAGGCCUAUGCCUCCAUGCACCUCUUCUUCCAGUUCAAAACCACCGCCACCGACGGCCUCAUCCUCUUCAACAGCGGCAACGGCAACGACUUCAUCGUGGUGGAGCUGGUCAAGGGGUACAUCCACUAUGUCUUCGACCUGGGCAACGGGCCAUCGCUGAUGAAGGGGAACUCGGACAAGCCGGUUAAUGACAAUCAGUGGCACAAUGUAAUCGUGUCGCGUGACACCAGUAACGUCCACACGCUCAAGAUCGACUCCCGCACUGUCACCCAGCACUCCAACGGUGCCCGCAACCUGGACCUCAAGGGAGAGCUGUACAUCGGGGGGCUGAGCAAGAACAUGUUCAACAACCUGCCCAAGCUGGUGGCCUCGCGGGACGGCUUCCAAGGCUGCCUGGCCUCCGUGGACCUCAACGGCCGCCUGCCCGACCUCAUCGCUGACGCCCUGCACCGGAUCGGGCAAGUCGAGAGGGGCUGCGAUGGGCCCAGCACCACGUGCACCGAGGACUCUUGCGCCAACCAGGGCGUCUGCCUGCAGCAGUGGGACGGCUACACGUGUGACUGCACCAUGACCUCGUAUGGUGGCCCCGUGUGCAACGACCCUGGCACCACGUACAUCUUUGGGAAGGGCGGGGCGCUUAUCACCUACACCUGGCCGCCCAACGACCGGCCCAGCACACGAGCCGACCGGCUGGCCGUGGGCUUCAGCACGCACCAGAAGAAUGCCAUCCUGGUGCGGGUGGACAGCGCCUCCGGGCUGGGGGACUAUCUGCAGCUGCACAUAGACCAAGGCACCAUCGGGGUCAUCUUCAACGUGGGCACGGAUGACAUCACCAUCGAGGAGACCAAUGCCAUGGUGAACGACGGCAAGUACCACGUGGUGCGCUUCACCAGGAGCGGGGGCAAUGCCACGCUGCAGGUGGACAACUGGCCCGUCAACGAGCGCUACCCAGCAGGGAACAGUGAUAAUGAGCGGCUGGCGAUUGCUAGGCAGAGAAUUCCGUAUCGGCUCGGUCGAGUAGUAGAUGAGUGGCUACUCGACAAAGGUCGACAGCUGACAAUAUUUAACAGCCAGGCCGCCAUCAAGAUCGGAGGCCGGGAUCAGGGCCGCCCCUUCCAGGGCCAGAUCUCAGGGCUCUACUACAACGGGCUCAAGGUGCUGUCCCUGGCGGCCGAGAGUGACCCCAAUGUGUGGGUGGAGGGGAACCUCCGGUUGGUGGGUGAGGUGCCCUCCGUCAUGACCACCGAGACCACUGCCACCACCCUGCUGGCCGACAUGUCCACCACCAUCAUGGAGACCACCACCACCAUGGCCACCACCACCACGCGGCGCGGCCGCUCUCCCACCAUGCGUGACAGCAUCACCCAGAACACAGACGACCUGUUGGUGGCGUCAGCUGAGUGCCCCAGUGAUGAUGAGGACCUGGAGGAGUGUGAGCCCAGCACAGGAGGUGAAUUAGUAUUGCCCAUAAUUACCGAAGAUUCCUUAGACACCCCACCAAUUGCCACCCGGUCUCCAUUCAUACCCCCGCCACCUACCUUUGGCCCCUUCCUAACCGUAAUAGAGACCACCAGAGACACCCUAGCCCCUUCCGCCAAUCAAAAACCCCCGUGCUUAGCCGACCAAGAGGACAGCGAUUGCGAAGAGGGCAUUGAGGCCUCCGGUUACGCCUCGGGCGAGGUCUUCGACUCCAGCCUGCCCCCUACUGAUGACGAAGAUUUUUACACCACAUUCCCCUUGGUCACAGAUAGGACCCUGCUGGCCAGGCCAGAUGGAGCAUCUAAAAAGUCCCAAGGCUUCAGGCCCAACAUUAGGACAGGAGUGCCAGCUUCAUCCUCAAUCCCUGAGCUCCUGACCUCCACUGCCUCUCCCGAUCUGGUCCGUAACAUCCCCGCCGGCAAAAUGAACAAUCGCGAGGCCCCCAAACCCCACCCAGACCAGUACCCCCCUUUGCCCACCUCUUUUGAACUCGACAACCGUAACAGGCAUAAGUACCCCAGUAUAACAUCUUCCCCCAAUUUCCACAAUCUACCCACAGCUAACCCCACCGGCUCGGGGGAGAGGGGUCCCCCGGGAGCCGUCGAGGUGAUCCGCGAAUCUAGCAGCACCACGGGGAUGGUGGUCGGCAUUGUGGCGGCGGCCGCCCUGUGCAUCCUCAUCCUCCUCUAUGCCAUGUACAAGUACCGAAACCGGGACGAAGGCUCUUACCAGGUGGAUCAGAGCCGGAACUACAUCAGCAACUCGGCACAGAGCAAUGGCACGGUGGUGAAGGAGAAACCCACCUCUGCCACCAAAACCCCCAGCAAGAGCAAGAAAAACAAGGACAAGGAGUAUUAUGUGUGAGUCUCCGCCCCCCCUGGCCCCGCCUCCCUCCUGUCCCUCUGGUGGCGAGCGCGAGAGAGAGACGAUCGCAAGGUGAGACCGGCUCAAAUCGUGCCAACCUUUGGAUACAAGAGACCAACAAAACCUCCCAGCCUUCCUUUCUCCUCCCUCUGCAUCACAGAGGCAACCAGUGGAUCCUGCCCCCCACCUCCACCCCACACUGGUUUCAAUUUGUUCAUUUCUCUCUUAUUUAUUUUUUCAGUUCAUCCUCAUAAAUUAAUAACAACCACCCCAAAAUCAAAAUCACGCUCGCUUCCCACCCCGGAUUCCUUCAGAUCUUGGGGGUUUCUUUAAUUUGUUUUCCUUUUAGCAAACGAAGUGGGGGAAAGAACAGGGCAGGGGGCGAUCAAAUCACACAUGCCAUGGUUAGAGGUUGGCACCGGAAAUAAGCAACCACUCGGAAAGAGAACAGAAAAUGAGGAUCUGGGAGGGGUAGAUGGAUUGAUGAAGGCUUCGGAGCUCCCUAGAUAAAGCUGAGCCAGGAUUUUGCCUUCAAGAUAUAUAUAUAUAGAGAGAGAGGUGACAGCUGAUUCCCCCCAUCUGUUACCCCAGGAGGUUAGAUGCUUCCUCAUCCGGAUGAAACUUUGGGGUACAUCUCCCCACCCCUUUUAGACCCCUCUCCCAUGCCCUGUUUGGAAACAGACUAAUCCAAUUGGGAUACAAAUGAUUUGAUUUUUCUCUCAUAACUAUCGACAAAAUUACGACGCGGAGCAGGAUACAGCUGGAUCCAGAAAACUUGGCUGGGCAAAGAUUUUGGGGACGAAAAAUCGGUCUCUCUCGGAAUUAUUAUUAAAACAAUAAAAGGGGGGGUCUUUAAUUAUAACUGAUUUUUUUCUCUCUCUCUUUGUUAAUGUGUCAGAGUCUUGGAAAUGUGUGGAGUAAACCAAACCGAAACAAACAAAAUCACGAACUCUCGGGAAAAUAAAAAUGAAUCCAUUAAUAACGAUGGUGGUAAAUAAAGCAGUUAACAUGGAUCUUGUCCAACUAUGGAACUGAUCAGCCAUUCGGCUCUCUGCUCUGUAGUAACAAAAGGGGGUGCUAUUCUCAAAAGGGUUAGAGUUGGGAUGGUGUUGGUUUUUGCAUAAGCAACAGCGACGGGAGCUGAGACUGGUUUUGGGGUACCUGCUCGGGAUGUGUGGGGGUGGGGGAGAUGGGAAAAUAUAUACAAUGUUUCUGUUUUGUUUUCAGGGGAUUGACGGCGUAAUUCCUUUUCCCCCAUGCAUCCUCCACUCCCAUCCCCUUUUCUCCAUGCCAAGGUGCUAUUGUGAUCAUCCUUUAAGUGUCUUCUCAGAGCAUGUCCUUAAAUUGUGUUGUUCUUUCAAGGUAUCUAGGACAGGGGGGUAAGCAGCUGUUGAUGGGAAUUUGCAAAUGAAAGGGGGGGUGGAGGCGUUGGACUAUUUCCUUCACCCGCACCUUCGCCCCUCACUGGGGGAAUUGGAAAGGCUUUUCAAAUGACUAUAUAUAAAGAGAGCUCUAUAUAUAUAUAAAAUAUAUAUAUAUAUAAAUAUAUAUAUUAUAUAACGUAUAUGUGUGGACAGUUUAACACAGAAGAAUCAAAGAGAGUUUGGAAGGACGUUUGAAAAGGAGCUAGAGACAAAAAAUCUCUCCCCGCCGUGUUACAGAUAGGAUCCCUCGAUGAUCUCUGGGCACGGCCACUGGAGACCAACUCCCAUCUUUGAUCCCGAUUCUGCAAGACUCCAGCCCAUCCUUCUGCAUGCAAACUGGCUGACAGGGCUGGCCCCUGCUUCCAGACAGGUCGGUGCCACAGGGCUUUGCUCUGUCAGGGGCUUUUCAGCUGGUUCCAAUGCAGCAACGCACUUCAGCACCUGCCUAGCUCAAAGCAUAGGGGUCGUCCGGUCAAAGCCAGUAGAGAAAGAGUCACAGAUUGGAAGGGAGACAUGGCAGAAUUUUGCCCAGAGGUUCCUGCACCCAGCCCAUGACUUGCGUCCCAAUUAAACCAUAUCUAUUGGACGAUAGAAAGUCCUCAAGGGAUGCAGAAUCCGCAUCCCUUGGGGAACGGCUCUAAAAUUUCAUUCCUCAUCUCCACCGGUAAAAACGUACAUCUUACUGGCGCCAGCUCCAGCCAUCAGAUCUCACUGUCCAUUUGCUAGAUCUAGCAGUAAACCCCUUUUCUCGGGGGCGGUAUCAAUGAAGCUAAGGGAGCUGUGCUGGAUUGGGGUUGGAGAACUCCAGCCCUACCAGGCUCAUGCCCACUGCUGGGAAGGGUGUAGGGAGGCGAGGAAUUUGGAUCGGAAUUCUUUCUUUCAGAGUGAUAGGGUGCAGGUGAAAUAGGCACUUCAAUUUCUCAAGCCUGGCAAAGUUAUUGCAAACUCCCCUCGCCUUCAAUGCUAAAAUGCCAAAAAGGGCUAGCAUCGAGCUGAAGAGAGGGUGAUAUAUCUGCCAUUGUAAGCUGUGAACUGAAAUAAUUUCAUAUUAAUUUUCAGGCUUUGAGGUGUUGUUUUUUUAUUAAGAAAAGGCAUCACAUUUUGCAAAGUUUCCAGGGUAUUUAGGCUCCUAAACUUUUUGAAAAUGAAAUUUAGGCUCCUAAAUCUCUUAGGUGCUUUGAAGAAUGUUAACGAAGGUGAAAUUUGGUGGACAUCUCUCAGCAUCUUAGACCACUGCAUGAGCUCAAGUUCUGUAUUUUUCUCUUACCAAAAAUCCCAACAUUUUUUUUAAAGACGCAGAUAAUUAUUGGAGUUUCGUUCAUUCCAAACUUCGCCACUGAAUGGAACUGUCUGCAGGGUGAAGGAGGGGGAUUUCUGUCCGUUUCUCUAGGAGUGUAAUGAACAUUAUCAACUGUAAAUUAAUUUGUACAUUAUUAAUAUUUUAUUUUUGUUUGGGGGAGGGGCUCGGGCGGAGAAAUGAAGGUCGCAAACUCUAUUUUAAAAAUAUGACACUCUGAUAAAUAUCCUCUUUUUAAAAUAUCGAGAGAGAGAUUGGUUUAUUUUACCAAUAGAAUUCCCAAUCUUUUUCCUUUACAGCAUUCCAGGUGGGGAGGAAAUAAAUUUUUAAUUCAUUCUUUUUGUAUCAGUUUUGGUUUAGUUUUUUUAAUGAACAGAAACCCCUUCCUGAUUGUUUUGGGGGAAAUACUCUGUGGUUCUGCAUAUUUACCCUGUAAACUUCCUGUACUCUUCAAUGUUACUGUAAAGUGUUACCAAUUAUGAUGAAGUCAAAAAAAACUUUCAACCCAUGUACAUUACCGCAAAGGGGAAUACAGUUGAUUCUAUACUUCGUACAA